AUGCCGGCAGAGGAGGAGCUCAGCAGCGUUGACACACCUGCCAGCAGCAUGACACAACCGCAGUCACUCGACGACGCACCGUCCACCAGCGGCAGUGACACGCUGAAAGUUGGGCAGGAGAAUAAGGACAGCUGCGUCCCCAAGUUUGACGCGCUGUGGUUUUGCUACUCACCUGGCUACCAGCUGCAGCAGUACUACAUCAAUGGAAGAGUGGACGACUGCUCCUCCAAGUGGACGGAGUUCAUAGACUGCCUCAAGAAGAAGACCAAAUUCAAGGACGAGGUGCUGCAAGCAGAGGCGGAGAAGCGGCACCCGCUGUGGGACAUCCGCACGCACAAGGAGGCGGAGCAGUUUUGGCGGCGCACGUUUGGGCACUUGACGGGGGAGGCACGGCAGCCGGGGGACGAGGCAGACGGCGCACACCACAGCGGCCGGCCCACGCUGGUGUGA